AAAUUUCUUGAGAAUGUUCAAUACUACACAACAAUGCUCAAAACACAAGAUGCUAAAACUGUUCUGGAGCCUAUAAACGGGGUUCUCAACUCGGGAGGUGGCAUUGUAGAAAUUAAGAUCGAUGGCUCCUUAAAGUUAAAACCUGAAGACGUAAACCAGCGUCUAGAUACCUUUUGGUCAGCAUUACAGCCAAAACUGAAUCUAAUGGUCCAGCCAUCAGCAUAUGCUGAUAUCUUUGAUCAAAAACGUGAGAAAGACACAAUUCGUCUCUUCAUCAGAGCAACAGAGCAUUUUUGCACAGUGGACUACAAUUUGUAUUUACCUGGUGAUGCAGGACUGUUGCUACCCCAGAAGCAAAAAGUGGUCGAUUUAUUGUCUGAGAGAGAUUCAUUUAAGAAAACAGAUAGUCCUCAGGUUCCUUUAAAAGACCUUAUUUCUUUGGUUCCUGAACAAUUCAUGUAUAAGGAGGUACUGAAUUUUCAUGAAUCCAAACAAGUGCAGCUGAAAUACUACACAUCGAAAAAUGAACUUUUUCACAACAGUAACGGGAAAGCUCGAAAGGAAAUUGCAAAACACAUCUCUUCCUUUGGAAAUGGAAUUGGAGGCGUAAUUCUCAUUGGUAUUAAAAACAAUGGAGAGGUACAUGGCCAAGGUACGGAAACGGGUUCAAAAGAAAAGUUGGAGAGUGGAUUCAACGAGAUGGUCAAAGAGAUGAGCAAGACGUGGAGCUUUACACCCACGCAGGGGAAACAUUGGGAUGUUACGUUCGUUCCCGUCACUGGUGCCGAAGAACCAAGGUCUGUGAUAGUAAUACAUAUAGCUGGCAUGCAGAACCUGGGUGGCAUUUUCACAGAAUGCCCAAAGAGCUUUGAACUGCAGGAUGGUUCUGUAAGUGGUGGAGCAGAGAAGGUUGUCAUGCUUAGUUUUAGUCAGUGGAACAAGAGAAUGCUCAAAGACACAUGCAAAGGUGAAAGUGAAGGUGAGUACAUUCAGUUACAUGGCCAUCACUGACUAGCUUACCUAAGGUGAUAAGUAAUUUUCUCAGGGAUAUAAAGUGAUUGUUAGUAGUUCCAUUAGCCUGUUUGUGAGUGGCAUGCAUUUGAAGUGGAAGAGAGAAAGUGAAAGAAUGGGAGAAUGGGAUGGACAUGCACGGAGGUGAGAAAGGGUUCACAUCCAGGUUCUCAUGCACCCUGAUUCCCUCCACUUCAAAUUUGGUCCAACUCACACAUGUCCUCUAAUCCUGACCACCCCUCAACCUGCUGAUAACAUGGUAAUCUUCUGCAAACACAAACCUUUUUCCAUCUUGUUGACAUUUUUGUUGAUAACAAUUGACAAUUUAUUGGCUGAUUAAAUAAUGCACUAGCUAGUAUACACUUUAUUAUGCCACAGUGGUCAGGUUGAAAAUUCCAGAAAACUGUUUUCUUCUUUCUUAUCGAAGACGCGGAUUCUAGUCUGUGUUUGAAAAUUUUAAUCACAGUACACAGUUAAGAAGACGAAAAAUCGACUGACAGAGAUUCGAGAUAAGAGAAAACAAGUGAUUCCUUCAACAAAUAUUAGCAAACAUACCUGCACCUGAUCAUCUUAACAAGCUCCUUGGCCAUUUGCAGUGUUUUUUUUUUCAAAGACCAAUGAAAGAAAGAUGGAAGCGACUUCGAGCCAGACACAAUGUCCAGUUUUUGAAAGACUCCAGCGUCACAUUAGCGAGGGAAUUGACUGACUAAACUUUUUCAACAUGGCACAUUUGCAUCUUAAUUUUGCUUUCAAUGGAAAGCCUUUAUAAUGUGUGCUGUUGUUUCCGUGAGCCAAUUAAAACUUUCAUUUUCUAACACCUGUCAAAUGACUGUCAAAUUUGCUUGUCUUGCACUUGUUUCCGGUCCCUCAAACAGGAAGCCAUAAUAAUAAAAAUCAAAUAUGUGAUGGAUAAAGUCAAUAUGAUACUUCCAUGGAAGAUCCGAAUCAAUCAUUAUUCCCCAAUUUUUAGCAAAGUCCUCCAUCUCUAAUUUUUACUCAAGUAUUUGAAGUUGGACUGAAGUACUUGAUCUGAUCUUUAAUAUUUCUGGCAUAUAUGUAUUAUUUGGUUGGUUUAUUGGCACACGUUUAAAAAGCUACAAUCUAGGACAAAAAUGUCCAGAAUAAUGGCCGUUGCCAGGUUUAGUUUCCAAAUAAAACUUUUUAAAAUACUGGCAAAAGAAAAUAACACACAAAGUUGAACUCGGGCUGGAUCUUUUCUCCCCCUGACUGAACAACAUUGAUCAUCAGACAUGGUGGGUUGGGGGAAGGGUUCAUGGUGGUAACAAAUCUGUAGAAUGCGUGUCCGAUGGGUGAGUAAAACUUUUUUUUUUCAAGGUUGUAAAGUGGUCAAUUUCUGGAAGACAGUAAAACUCCACGACUAAGAUCCUGAAUUUUAAGAACCUGUUAGGCUAAAGUUUGCCAGUUAGGCCUCCUCUACAAAACAACCUGUUUAGCCAAAAAUUUGGAACAGGUUCUUAUUUUCUAAAAUCUAUGAAAAAAAUUCUGUACACUUGGGCAGUUAUUAGAUAAGUCAGCAUUCAGAAUCCUCUUUGGAGACAUAAGUGCCUUAUCACUCCAACUGCAAUUUAAACACCGGUGCGGUGAUUAUGCUCAAUGCUUUAGUUCUUCUUUUAAUGGUUAUUUUUUCAUAUCUUCAAAUUUGGUAUGCAGAUUUUAUAUGAGGAACAAGCCGUUUCCAUUACUCUAUUUGGGCCACGCCCAAAUAAUUAGGUGAAAAAACACAACACGCAAUACAAAAACAAGUACAUCAACCGUCACCCUGCUAAACAAAAUUGAAAUAAUAAAAGGAAUGGUUGCAGUUAUCACAGUAGUUCCAAAAAAAGCCUCAGUCCCUUUUGGUUUCAGUUGUUGACAAUCGUCUCUUCCUUCAUCGGAACAGAUUUUUAUCACAGGCAACUCGCUGUAUUCCGCAAUGCAAAAAUCAAAAUCACUAUUGUCACACUGAUAACCAGCUACACAAAUCUUGCGACUCUCAAACUUGUUCAACAUUCCUCUGUUCAACCUCUUAUCCAUUUUACACGUACACUCCUGAUAUUCCGAUUUGUUAUUACGUCUAUGGGGUCCAUGAAUCUUUGAUGUCUUGAAUGUCUUGAUAAUUUCCUUUGUUUUUCUUUGAGUUCGCGGACCAGCCCAUUCCGAAAACACUCAGUGUUAUUUUUUAGUGUGGGCCUACCGCGAACAGUGUGUGCAUUUGUACGAUAUCCAAAUCGUCCCUCAUUGGAUUAUCCACUCGACCUAACAAAAUCGACCAAUCACAAAAUAAGGAAAAGAAAAUGGACAUAAAAUAAAGAAAACAGCAAAUUCAGAUAACCUCUUAGGAAACAUGCAAUUAAAACUGUCUUUCUAUGAUUGGUGCAUUUCGAUCCUCUCGUCAAGAAAAUGUUAGACGUCAAUCAUCUUAGCGGACCUCUUAGGAAACGAAAGUUUUCUUCAACAGGUCCAAAAGGUCAUUGUUUAUGAUUUGUGAUUGGUGGAUUUCGAUCCGUUUUUUGAGUUUCUGUGUUUCAAGGUUCGUUGCUUGUAAUCUUAUUGUGACCAAAACCCGUCGUUAAUAUUCCAAUUAUUUUUGAUAGAUUUCAUCCCUGGACUUCAGACUUCCAAAUUUCAAUGAGGCAACAAUACUGAAGAUUCAGAUUAUUUUUUGAGAUCGUAAAAGUGCGAUUAAGUGCCGUGUGCUUGCAGAGCGUUCUUACCCACAUGCCUCUUACCUUGUACAAGACGUUCGCAUGCCAGACAUUCGCCUCGCUUCGCUUGUUUACUUGCCUUGUUUACAUUAGCACGUAUUGCGUGCCUAUUGCACAUUUGCGUCAAAACAAGCCGUUUCCAUUACUCUAUUUGGGCCACGCCCAAAUAAUAAGCUGAACCACUAAAUGCUCUUAGCUAUAUUGUUUUUCAUCAGAAAUUAAGAACCUAUUUAAGAACCUUAAUAGCUUAAACGUGUGCUAACUAACAAUUACAUAAGAACUCGUUUAGGCUAACUUGGAAAAAUCCAGGUUCUUUGUCGUGGGGUUUUACUGUAAUGUUUUUAAAGCCUUAACUUAAAACUGUAUGUGAAGGGCUUGAAAACUGACCGACAUGAACUUUUUUUCUAAGGUACCAGGAAAGAAAGGGAAAAAUUUCCAAGCAUGGUAAAACUUUUAGAAGGACCUUUGCGGACUGUCCGAGGUGCUGUUGACGAGAUUGUGGAAGAGUUCUUUCCAGGUAUUUUUCAGUAAACUGUUUGUAGAUCGUCCUUACCUCUUCCCAAAGUAAUGACAUACACUGUUUCAUUAUAUAUAAUUUUUUUUGAUGCAUACUAGGCUAGUGUUAAAUUUUCAAAGCUGUAAAUUGUGUCAUAGGGACCUUCUUGACUGUUGCCUUGCUUGAGGUUGUUUCUAGUUUUUUGCAGGCCAGAUCAGAAAGUAUGUAACUGAUAGUUUAACCUUUUUCUCUAUUUAUUAUCAAACAUCAGUCACAGCUUUCUGAUUGUCAACACCCAUCCAAUAUACAAUGUAAUAAAGUAUUGUACAUCGAAAGCUGAAACUAGGCAAGGUUAGGAAACAUCUACAUCUACACUUAAUUAAGUCGGUAAAAAUCGCGACAUAUCACACCAACUGUUUAAAAAACGAAAUUAUGCAAUAAUAUAAAAUCUGAAUAAAACUAAUACAAUGGAAUAUUAAAAAUUAUUAACUAACUUAGGUUUAAAACUAUCUACGGGCGUUUGGUAUGAUUAUCAUUCAUUACAUUGUGUUAAAUAAUACGACUUCCUUCGUUUGCAUUGUAUUGUAAAGUUCAGUUACAAAAGCACUUAUUUUCUGUAAAGAAAGCUGUAGCAUGUUUUGAUAAUAUUAUACUCGGGGUUCUAUCCAGGGUAUUUGAGGGUUAGAAGCUUCCCCCCCGAAAUGCCCAGCUUCCCACCCAAAAAUAUUGUUAUCAUUACAGUAAAUAAGUAACUAUAUCGGAAAAAUCAUCCAAACGCGACAAGGUCAGUGCACACACUGUAACAUUUUUCAAAAUUGUGUCUCAAAAUGCACCAGAUUGCAUCUUAGCGCGUAUUCAUUUCCAAAAAUUUUCGUGGGAGCAUGCCCCCCGACCCCCCCUAGGAAGAAAACUCUACAAAAACUUAAAAAGAAAAUAGAUAAUGUAAUGAAUCGAUUUAAGGGUUAAGUACCGAGUGCUAAACAAGAGAUUAUAUUCCAUGUAAUGUUCUAAGAAUUACUCAAAUCAUGAGGACCUUCUCCUUGAGUAACAAAUGUGCAGUUCGUCACAAUGAACAGAAUUCCUUUAUCACCACACAUAUUAAGUAAAUGGUCCGCUGUUUUGUAAUCAGUGUCUAGAAAGUCAGAUCAUUUUGGGCUCUGGGCCCCGUAUGCUUAUGUUAUUUUUCCUGUUAUUGAGAGAUGCGUGACUGCAAAGGGAAAUGACAGAAAAAUAACACACCCGUGUUACUGUUAAACAACUUGUGUUGCACUGCAGCUAAUUGCGAUAUUAUGUUUUGUUUUGAAACCAACCGUCCCUGUUGACUUGAGUUUAUUGAACGUAUGUAGCUUGCAUAGCUGGAGCUUUUGUUGGGAAGGGGGUGAUGGAGGGGCGUGCGUGCGAGAAUGGGACUCAGUCGCCUGACAAAACCGCAAAACUCUGUAAAAAAAAAAGCAAGUGAAAAAGAAGGUUAUAUGUUGGUGUCAUUUUUUACAUUUUCCAUUCAUUCACAAUUUUCACAUAGACCAUAAUGCAUCUUGUUUACCCCCCGCCCCCCAAAUUUUGCAUAACCAUCAUUUCCAAUUUCUCCUGGGCAUUACAGUCGUCCGAAGAGAAAUCGAAGAGAAUGGUUAUGCAAAAUUUUGGGUGGGGGCGGGGGGGUAAACAAGGUGCAUUAUGACCUAGUUGAAGAUGGUGAAUUCUACAAAUAGAUAUGCGCCAUCGUGACUUAAGAAGUGUCAUUUUUUGCAGGUACCCAGAGUAAACACUCUUAAGGUCUCCUCAUGCUAACAGCAUUUGUGCAUAAGAUUGUAUCGCGGUUAACAAGGUUUGAUUGUGUCUUUGUCAUUUUUUAUUUAGUUGGGCCCGGAUGUCAAGUGGUACCUGAUGGGUUUGAAUCAAACCUCCCAGAAGAAGCAAAAGAAGUGAUACGAAAAAUAAAAGGACAAACCACGAACGGCCUUCUUGUAACUUCCUCCUCAAUACUGUCUGCUGUCCAAAAAGGAGGGCAACGUAAAGAAGAUGGGGUUAUAUGUGACUUACUCCUCUUAAGUGAAUCGCUUGGACGGCUCCACCUUAUCUCCCUUGUCAGCAGUGGAUCACAAGAUCAGUUCUUCCCGCAUGCCCGUGCUACAGCCAAAGCUGUGAAGAAAGCCUUAGUGAGGAAUGGCGGUUGCUAUGAAAAGUUUUACAUCACCUGCCAGGUGGUGCUUUGUGACAAAGUAGGAACUGGGCCACUUGAUAUAUCGUCUCCAGACAAUCGAUAUCCUGAUGAGUAUCAUCUCCGUUCAUCGCCCCAAGAGUUAGUGAAGAUCAACAAAAUCCUGCAGUCACUAGUGAUAGUUUUGGCGCAGUUUCCUUCUUUUCUUUCCAACAAACAGGGGUUAAAAUUUCUUAACUUGCUGACAAAGGAACAGUUUGUGUUGCUUCACAAAAAGAUUGACGAACACAGAGAGCUAUGGAUUCAGGGUGUAGCUGGCACUGGAAAAACCGUAAUGGCUUUAGAGUUUAUUAGAAGGCUCCCCAUCCGUUUCCACAACCUUAAACCUGAAAACAUACUGUACGUUUGUGAGACACCUGCAAUGCUUCGCCAUAUAAGG